AUGGGUAAGCCUCCGCCAGACAGAGAUUUCCAGGCGAGUCAGUCCUUCGACUUCAUUGGAGCCUCGGUGGAGAUAGCCCUCUUCGACUCAGCCGACAAGUGGUUCAUCACCGCCUUCCGCGGCCUGGCGUCCAAAGGAUGCGUGAAUGUGCAGUGGCAGGAUCGUGUUAUCGAGGUGAGAACAACGCAGGUGAGGGUCGCUGGCAAGCCGAAGCUCGGCGACACGAAGGAAGACCAGCCUCUCGCUGCGAAAGUGAAUGACCGUGUGGAGGUCAAGAUGCCGGCGUCGUCCUCCAAACCGGCAUCAUACAUCUCUGCCACUGUGCGAUCGACUUGCGGCCCAUAUUUUCUCGUUUCGCUGGAGGGCAGGGGACGACAAGAGGACCUCUUGGUGUUGCCUGAUCAACUCCGCGCCCCCGGACGGACUGAGGCGCUUAGCUCCAUGGCUCUUGAGGAGGUUGUGCUCGACUGCCCUGAAGGAACCGAAGAAGCACACCCCGACACCGACACUGAGGGGCUCAAGCAGGAGUGGCUGAUGACUUUGCAGCGUGAGUGCAACCUCCUGGGCCUCGGUGUACGGCACGGAGAGUCGGGUCGUCGGCAGCUGAAGCUCGUCGGUGAGAGGAGCUCCACCACCCGGGCAAGCAAACUGUUGCACACCGUGCACUUCUGGAACCAGGCGGAAAUCGCCAAGUGCCGGGCGCAGCAAGCCGACUUGGAAAAGCGCCUGUCAUGUCUCGAGGGCGCCUCGCGGGAGGAGGGAAAGGUGAUAGAGUUUCCGGUCGACAUGGACAUCAUGCAGCUGAUCAUUGGUCGGUCCGGCAAGAGGCUGCAAGAUAUCAAGGGCCAGCUGGGUGUUGGGAUCGAGGUGCUCAAGUGUCCACAAGACAGGAACCAGGCCAUCGUGCGCGUCGUGGGUCAAGACCCGGAUGCGGUAGCCGCAACGCAGAGGCAGCUUGAGUACAAGAGGAGGAAGCUGUCCUUCGACCAUGACGAAGUCGGGUACAUCUUGGGCAGGAACCUGGCCAACAUUCGGGAGAUUGCCGAAAAGGUUAGUCUAUUUCCACUUCGUGUUGCAUCCAGUGGGUGA